AUGGCGGCUUCCGCGCUGUCAGCUCGCUGCCUGCCCUUUCCCGCCGUGGGGAGUCGCAGCCAGGCUCUACCCAGAAAGCCAGUUCCUGUAGAGGCAGGAGACUGUGCCGUGUAUACACCUCUCUUAACACACGGCGAGCAGGUGGAUGUGCUGGACCGCCUGGAUUUUGUGCUGACAAACAUCUCGGAGCUGAGGAAGGAAGUGGAGGAGCUACGAAACAGCCUGCAGCACCUCGCUGCUGAUAUCGUGGGUGAAGUCAGGUCGCAUCUGGAAGAAACCCAGAGAGUAACACGCCGAAGGCGGUUCCCGUUCCACAGAGAAAGAAGUGAUUCCACAGGGUCCAGUUCAAUUUAUUUCACUGCUAACUCAGGAGCAACCAACACAGAUGAUGGAGAAAGUGAAGGCGGGUACACCACAGCCAAUGCUGAGUCUGAUUAUGACCGAGAGUCUGAGAAGGAGAGUGAAGAAGGGGAGGACGAACUGAGCUGUGAAACAGUGAGAACAGCAAGACGGGAUUCCCUGGAUCUCAUCAACGAGGAUGAAACACAUUUAAUCCUCGAUUCCUUGCUGGAUGAAGGACUGAGCCAGCUACUGCAGCAGGCAGAUCACUUGCACAAUGGCGAUGAGCAGGAAAAGAGAGAGGGAUUCCAGCUGCUGCUGAAUAAUAAACUGGCGUAUGCAGACCAGGGAGACUUUCUUUGGCGCCUAGCCCGAGCACAUAGUGACAUGUAUGAUAUCACAGAAGACACGGAUGAGAAGAAAUCAUAUGCAUCUGAUGGGAAAGAAGAGCUGGAGAUUGCCUUUCAGAAGUGGGAUCAAAGUGCUGAGUGUCAUCAGUGGUAUGCCAUUCUUUGUGGGCAGCUGGCAGAACAUGAGAGCAUCCAGAAGCGCAUUCAAACUGGAUAUAUUUUUAAGGAACACAUUGAUAAAGCGAUUGCUCUGAAACCUGAGGACCCAAAGUCUUACUACCUUUUGGGCAGGUGGUGUUACCAGGUUUCCCAUCUGGGAUGGCUCGAAAAGACUGCUUCUGCUUUGUUUGAAACCCCUCCUACAGCCACUGUACAGGAUGCGCUGCAAAACUUCUUAAAGGUCGAGGAGCUAAGCCCAGGAUUUUCCAAAGCAGUAAGAGUGUACAUUGCCAAGUGCUACAAGGACCUGGGGAACAACUCUGCAGCUCUUCUCUGGAUGAAUCUUGCUUCAGAACUGCCAGUUAACAAUAAAGAGGAUUCAGAAACUGAGAGAGAACUUGAGGAGAUGCGAUCAGUCUUGGAAGAAUAAGAACAGAAGAGGUUAUUCCACUCAACGCUGCACAGACAAUAAAAUUCCAUUGAAAGGGGUUUCAUGAUCCUAACAAGUUUGGUUGCACGGCAUGGAUAAGCCAGAGGAGCUGCCAGGAGGACACACUCAACAGUCUCAUCAGCACUUCCAGGAAAGCAUCUUGGUGGGAUUUAAAGAGAUAAAAUCUUGUGUUGUUUCCCUACUGAGAGCACAACGUAUGUUUGUUUGCUUUUAAAAUUCCUUAAAAAAAAAAAAAAAAGGCCAAAUAGUCAAAAAAUCAACCAGAUAUUAGCAUGUAGGAGUAUAUGUGCAUACACACAUGUGUGUAUGAUACUUGAGUUUUAGGUCUGCUUGCUGAUGAGCUUCCUGGGGAAGUCCUCAGCAGAUAAUUUUCCCUCAUUUGACUGUUUUCUCUUUUCCUUUCUAAAACACUCAUUGAAUCAGUUGGAAUAACUGAUUGCAUCUUUGCAUAGACGUCCUGCUGAGAGAAAGAUGAGAGUCGGUGGCAUUGUGAGGCUGAUUUUUAGCAACCUGAUCCACUGCAGGUCAUGGGAGUUCCUCGCUUCCCUCAGCCUCUUGUUUCAAAUGGACAUUGACACAAUGGCUUGAGGAAAGGCCACUGCAAAAAAAAAAAAGACUACACUGACUUAAAAUAAUUGAGUUGCUGUGAAAAAACUGAUGGUGAUGUCCAAAACACAGUCCUGUUGGUCCUGUCUGGUUAUACCUAAACUACCUUCCUGGUUUUCUGUUGAGGAGAAACCAGCACUGCUCGUUACAGUGAGAAAAUACUGAGGAACCAAGAAGAUCUCAUUCACAAGAAGAACUUUUAUUUUUAAGAAGUGCACAUCAGAACAGCAAGUAAUGAGGUUUUCAACUUCAGGACUUUCUCCUGUGACAUCACUCACAUGAGAGCGAAAACUUGGUAUGACCCUCCAAACUAUGUAGCUAUGAUUUAGAUAAAACAGCUUAGCAGUUGUGCAUCAGUGUAACACUGCUUACAGGAACAGGAAUACUCUGUGGCAGAGCUGACACUUUGCUGUAUAUUCCUCCAGUUCCUGUUGACGAAUGCACUGGCACUGAGAAAACGGAGUUGGCAGCUGACAUUUUCUCUGACAGUUUCUAGGUACCAAACAGAGAAAGUAAACUUUGCUGUAUGCUGACAAAAAGGGUGAAAAGCAAAAACAGUGUUCAGAAAUUUCCCAAAGACUUGAGCAAAGCUUGCUUUAUAUCCCUGCUUUUCCCCCUUUCAGCUUUUCCCCCUCGAUGUUACUUUCAUAAAGUAGAUGUUAGCAGACUCAAGCUCACAGACUUCCCAGUUUAUACAUUUGACACUUUUCAGCUAUUUUUAUUUUGGUCCAAAUGGAACUCUUGACAAUUUUGAUUUGCUUGAGGCUAUACAUAUGAUUCUUACAAACAGAGAAUUGAAUUCUGCCAGGCUGAACUGAUCACCGGAUCUUUGCUAAAAGAUACCAAAAGUCCGGAGCUUUUCUUAUUUGCAGCCUUCACCUGUUGUCUAAAUCUUAAAAAUAUAAAACAUUAGGGGUUGUUUUGAAUUAGGUAUUUUCUGGAAAUAGUUUACAUGUUGUGUUUUCUAAGAUGUAAUUUCUUCUUAUUUUUAGUUUCUUUCUUGCUUAAUGUCUGUUUCCAUACAGUGAGAAACCAUAAGUUUGAGGGAAGAAAAUGCUGAUUUGUUUUUCUGCUCAUCUUGUGCUUUGGAUUCCGCACUGAGUUAAGUUUCGGUCUUUCACACUGUAUGUUCACUGGGGUGAUGAUGUAAAUCCCCUUAGCUUUAAAAGGGUCGUGGACAAGGAAGGAGUUCAGUUACUUGUCAAGGUGCCUUAUGGAUAGAAGGACGUCGUGGUAGAGUGCUGGGAAAACAGAGCUUUGGGUUACAGACUAAACAAAGCCUGUUUGGAAACAAAUGCCAAAGUCUUGUUUUUCUUACUGGUAGAAGCUGAAGUGAGGGAAUCUCUUCCUCGUGUCUGUACUUCAGUAGCUUUUAGACAACGCAGAAAUCAAGGCUUCUUUAAUUUUGCACAUACUCUGCAGAUUAAUCCCUAAGUACAAUGUGAAUUUCUCAAAGAUGCCUGCACUGUACACUCCCAGAAGUUGGAUUUUCAUAGUAAAAGACUCUAGAUGUUCUUCUAGGCUUAUCGUAGAGUAAGA